AUGGCUUUACUCCCCAACAGUCUAAUUCUCCUUCUCCUCUCUACUCUCUCGAUCAUCAUCCCUGCUCACCAACAUCAACACCCACUAGACUCCCUAACCCCAGCCGAAUUCUCCAAAGUACGAGCCAUAGUCCACAGCUCCUACCCCAUACCGAGCCACGCCACAGCCUUUCACUACGUAGGCCUAGAAGACCCAAACAAACUCACCGUUCUUUCAUGGCUAAAAGAUCAAACCGCCAAAACCCCACCUCGCCAAGCUUUUGUCAUUGCACGUAUUAACCAAACCACUCACGAAAUCACUGUGGACUUAACAGUCAACAAGAUUGUUUCGGAUAAACUUUAUGAUGGUUAUGGCUGCCCUUUGCUCACUUUUGAAGAGCAGAUAGCCGCCAAUGCGUUGCCGCUCAAAUACGCACCGUUUUUGGAGUCCAUUAGAAAGAGAGGGCUCAAGAUUGAAGAGGUUGUCUGUGGGGUUUUUACUGUUGGUUGGUAUGGAGAGGAAAGAAGGAAGAAAAGGAUUGUCAGAGUCAUGUGUUACUAUUUAGAUGGUACAGUGAAUGCUUAUAUGAGGCCGGUUGAAGGAGUUACUGUCACCAUGGAUCUUGAAGAGACGAAGAUUAUAGGAUUUAAAGACAGAUUAACGGUCCCGAUACCAAAGGGAGAGGGGACUGACUAUAGAGGAUCAAAGCAAAGCCCGCCUUUCUUGGCACAGUUAAAGGGGAUCACCAUGGUUCAACCUGACGGUCCAAGUUUUACUAUUGAUGGACACAGAAUUAG